UCUGUCUUUCCAUCGUCCAAACUCCCAAAAACAAAUUUCCCUGGUAGAAAGCUAAUCAGUUGAGUUCAUUGGUUGACUGACUCGAUACAGUACAGCCAUCAGCAAUGGGUUUCUGCACGGUGCAAUCCCCAAUCGAUGGCAUCUUCGUCCUCACCAUGGCCAGCAGCGACGGCCACCAGUAUCUCACCGACGAGGCCAUCGGGGACCUCAUCGCCAGCCUCACGGCCGUCCGGGACACGCCGGGGCUGAGAGGCCUCGUCACCACCUCCAGGCUCGGCUCCUUCUGCGACGGCGUCGACCACGACGCCGCCCGACAGCCGGACGAACAGGUGGCGGCGCGCGUGGGCGAGGUGGUCCGGCUCCUGCUCGAGAUGCCGGCGCCCACCGCGGCCGCCGUGAACGGCGACGCGACGUCGCUGGGCCUCGCGCUGGCGCUGGCGCACGACCACUGCGUGGUGUGGGAGGGCGCCGCGGUGGCGCUCCCGGAGGCCCGGCGCCGGCGCCCACUCCCGGGCUACGUGGCGGCGCUGCUCCGCGACAAGGUCGCCUACGCGCGGCUGCGGAAGCUGCUGAUGCUGAGGGCGGAGGCGUGCACGGGGAAGGAGCUCGUCGGCACGUGGUACUCGGCGAACGACCCCGCCGCCGCCGACAGGGAGGUGGUGGCGGCGGAGGCUUGCGAGCUGCUCGAAGGGAUCGAGGUCGGCAGCGGCAAGAACUACGCCACGGCGAGGCAGGCGAUGUGGCCGGAAAGCUGCGCCGCCGUCGGGAUGGAGAUCACCCGGCCACGGCGGCCGUCGUCUCCUGAGCAAAUUCUCCACGUCAGUGAGAAGGAAAAGGAGAAACAUGGGGCAUCUGACCAGUACCAGAUUAAGCAGACGAAAAUCAUGAAGAAGAUAAUGUACAAGACCAGCUAACUAUGGUGAGUAGUACUCCGUAAUAAUAUAUGAGCGAAAUGAAUCGACGGAUGAAUGGGACGAUGAAGAGUAGAUGGCGAAAACGAAAAGAAUUGCUCACUGAUCAGGCCAAAUGAAGCGACUGAAUGCGAAGAUUGAUCGACAGGGAAACAUCAGUUCGUCGUCAUUAAUGUUUUCUUACUGUGGGAAAUUAUGAAUUUGUUGAGUGUUUCCAAAGUGUCGUGAUUCGCCACACCAUUGGUAUAUAUUACGUCAUGCCAAUAAACAAUGAAUAGCAAACAGUCGUUCAGUUAAUCCCCA